CGCGGAGGGCGUGGCCGACAGCGGCGGCGUGCGUUUUGCUACAGUGUGACACAAUUACAACAACUUUGAGCCGAUGAUUGGGAGAAGUUUAUAUCAAAUUGCUAAACAAAUCAAACAUAUUAACAAAAGAGGCAACGUUGCAUCCACUCCAUGCACACAUCGGCGCCGGGAUACGCGCUUUACAAUGAGCGCAAGCGUGGAAGCUAACUUGAAGGACUCAUUUCCUUGAGGAUUUGGCAAGAAAAAUACGCUACGCCCCGCCGUGCUAGAGUCGCUGCGAACAAGGUGCUCGUUUACUUGUAUCGUCUCUCCGGCUGGGGCCCGCUGAUCUUCCAAAAUAUCCGGCAUGAAAUCGUGCGGAGUGUCGCUCACCACCACCACCACAACCAUCGCGGAGUCUGCUGCUGCUGCUAAUGACGGGGAGAAAAUGGCGUCGGCAAAAGCGAGUGAAAUCGAGGAGGACUUUCCGACGCUUACGCCGCAAGAGAAAGAGAGCCUACUCGGAAUUGACAGCUCACUCUUUGGAUUUCAUAGGCUUCAAGAAGAUGGCGCCAGAACGAAGGCCUUACUGUUAAAGGCUAUUAGCUGCUAUAACGCGCUCAUCCUGAAAGCUGAAGGGAAAGUAGAUGCUGACAUUUUCUGUCAGCUGGGCCACUUCAACCUCCUGUUGGAGGACUAUCCAAAAGCAUUAUCGGCAUACCAGAGGUACUUCAGUUUACAGUCGGACUACUGGAAGAAUGCUACCUUUUUAUACGGGCUGGGCUUGGUCUACUUCCAUUACAAUGCAUUUCAGUGGGCAAUCAAGGCAUUUCAGGAGGUGCUCUACAUUGACCCCGGUUUCUCUCGCGCUAAAGAGAUUCACCUGCGACUGGGACUCAUUUUUAAAGUCAACACAGACCACGAGUCCAGCUUAAAGCAUUUUCAGCUGGCUUUGAUCGACUCAAACCUCUGCACUUUGUCCAAGGCUGAGAUUCAGUUCCACAUUGCUCAUUUAUAUGAGAUCCAGAAGAAGUACCGAGCUGCCAAAGAAGCUUACGAGAGUCUCUUGCAGACAGAGAGUCUUCCUGCUCAGGUGAAGGCGGCAACACUGCAACAACUCGGCUGGAUGCAUCACACAGUGGAACAGCUGGGGGACAAAGGCACCAAGGACAGCUAUGCCAUCCAGUGUCUGCAGAAGUCUCUAGAGGCUGACCCAAACUCAGGCCAGUCCUGGUAUUUCCUGGGCAGGUGCUACUCCAGUAUUGGGAAGGUACAGGAUGCAUUCAUCUCCUAUCGUCAAUCCAUCGAUAAGUCUGAAGCCAGCGCUGACACCUGGUGCUCCAUAGGGGUGCUCUACCAGCAGCAGAACCAGCCUAUGGACGCACUGCAGGCCUACAUCUGCGCCGUGCAACUGGACCACAACCACGGUGCUGCCUGGAUGGACCUGGGCACGCUGUACGAGAGCUGCGGGCAGCCACACGACGCCAUCAAGUGCUACAUCAACGCCACACGCAGCAAGGCUUGUGUGAACACUGCCGCGCUCACACAGCGCAUCAAGUUGCUGCAGGCUCAGUUGUGUAACCUACAGCCAGGUAGUCUGCAGAAUAAGAGUAAAAUGCUUCCUAGUAUUGAGGAGGCAUGGAGCCUACCCAUCCCUGCCGAGCUCACGUCCAGGCAAGGGGCCUUGAAUGCUGCACAGGCACAGCAGGCCUGUAAGGGGGAGGGAUCCCAAAGCACCAGCAAUCACAGUGACCUACAGGCCAGCCCUGCCAAGAAGAAACGCACUGCCAGCCCAGCUAAAAGUGGUGCGGACUCUUGUGCUAAUAACGCCAAUCAGCAGCCGGUUCCAAGUUGGUAUCUUACACCACAGAAACUUCAGCUUCUGGACCACUUGCGGACCAACAGAGCCAUCCUGAAACCACUACAAGUGCAGAUGCUGGAUCAGCUGGAGAACCAGUUCUCACUCAUGCAGCAGCAUCAGCAGCAGAUGAGGCAGCAGGCAGCAGUGGGCGCCCAGCUGCGACCCAGCCUUCCCAACGGCCCUCUACCUGAGUCCCCCAACAACAACAACCACCACCACGCAGGCCUCCCCGGCAACUCCCCGGUCAAUCACACAGCCAUCAGACCACCGUGUGUGACCCAGCCCGCGGCCAACGGCUCGUGCCAGAGUCCGUCGUCAUCAUCGGGACUGCUUGACGCCCGGUCCCCUGGGAGAGAUGUGAGAGGCGGCAGCACGAGCAAUGGAAACGUGCCUUACGCGCAGCAGCAGAACUCUCUACCUCACAACUGCAUAGCCACCGCCGGCCACCCUAGCAGCAACAGCGCGAGUCCUGGUAACGUGGAUGAGACGUGGAGGAGCCCGCAUAGUAACACUACCACUCAGGGGUUUCACAAAGGUCCAGGUUCACAUUCGGCAGGUCCCAAUGGAGAACCCCCUUUCUCUUCCUCCUCCUCCCCCCAGACCUCCUUCUCUUCCUCGGGCAUUCUCAAUCAGGUGGGACAUUCUUCUGGGCCCUGCACUGCCUCGUCCUCGGCCUCUUCUUUGUCCCCCACGUCCCCCCAGUCCACCCCCAACCACUUGUCCUCGCCUCCCCACUCCGCCACUACCUCAGGGGUCCACACCAAAGACAAUGCGCCCUCCGGGGGCAGCAGCAGCAACAACGGCGGUGGCAGCAGCGUGGGCACAGCCGCCAACACCAUGCUUGCACAGGGACUGACUAAUCACGUCCAGCCGCGGGUGACGGACGGCCCUGCAAGCCCGCCACAGCCCUCUCCGCCCCCUGGCGCAUCCAGUUCAGACAAUCCUAAACUCUCAGCCUUUCAAAAGGGACAAGCCAACACAACUGCAACAAAUGACAAUAAUAACUGUAGUAACCACGGAGGGUGUUUCUCAGAGAAAAUUAACAAUGUCCAUCCAGUCGCUGCCAAAGCCACUUCGGAGCACUUGUCUGCAUCCUCGCCGUUGUCUGCCACCACAGCGCGCUCCCCCUGCUCAGCACCGGAUAGCCUCUCCUGCCUUAACAGCCACUCCAACAGCGAGGGGCCCACGCUGAACGGGAAGGAGGACUCUCGGUGCCCGCAAAAGGUCAAGCCUCCUGAAGAGGUAUAUAGACACUCUGCCCCUGCUGGUCUGGCCCCCUGGUCUUCUGUUUCAAUCUAUCCAAGCUCCAGCGAGGUGCUCAAAGUCUGCAGAAACCUUGGCAAAAACGGUCUGUCAACAAGCAGCAUCCUCCUGGACAAGUGUCCGCCGCCACAACCCCCAGGCACGCCCUCACCUCCUCUGCCAAAGGACAAGCUCAACCCACCGACGCCCAGUAUUUAUUUGGAAAACAAAAGGGAUGCCUUCUACCCUCCCCUCCAUCAGUUUUGCACCAGUCCUGCCAACCCGGUCACUGUCAUCAGGGGCCUGGCAGGAGCUCUCAAACUGGACCUGGGCCUCUUCUCCACCAAGACGCUGGUGGAGGCCAACCCUGACCAUCUGGUGGAGGUGCGCACUCAGCUGGCCCAGCCCACCGAUGAGAACUGGGACCCCAGUGGCAGCCGCAAGAUGUGGCGAUGUGAGAGCAGCCGUUCGCACACCACCAUCAUUAAAUACGCCCAGUACCAGGCCUCGUCCUUCCAGGAGUCGCUACGGGAGGAGAAUGAGAAGAAGAAGGAGAUGGAAGCAGAAGCGGCCUCGUCUGAUGGUGUAUCACGGCGGCGGAAAUGUCCUUUCAAGCACAUCAAGUUUGGCACCAACAUAGACCUCUCGGAUGAAAAGAAGUGGAAGCAGCAGCUCCAGGAGCUGAGCAAGCUGCCAGCAUUCGCCAGGGUGGUAUCAGCCGGCAAUCUGCUCAGCCACGUGGGACACACCAUCCUGGGCAUGAACACAGUGCAGCUCUACAUGAAAGUUCCAGGGAGCAGGACACCAGGCCACCAAGAGAACAAUAACUUCUGCUCGGUCAACAUCAACAUCGGUCCUGGGGAUUGCGAGUGGUUCGCAGUGCCAGAACCGUACUGGGGUGUCAUCAACAGCUUCUGUGAAACGAACAACAUCAACUUCCUGAUGGGGUCCUGGUGGCCCAACCUGGAGGACCUGUACGAGACCAACGUGCCUGUUUACCGCUUCAUCCAGCGCCCCGGGGACCUGGUUUGGCUUAACACGGGCACCAUCCACUGGGUGCAGGCCAUCGGCUGGUGUAAUAACAUUGCCUGGAAUGUGGGGCCCCUCACAGCUCAUCAGUACAAGCUGGCGGUGGAGCGCUACGAGUGGAACAAACUGCAGAGUGUCAAGUCCAUCGUUCCCAUGAUCCACCUGUCUUGGAACCUGGCCAGGAACAUCAAAGUGUCCGAUCACAAGCUCUUUGAAAUGAUCAAGUAUUGCCUGCUGCGGACUCUGAAGCAGUGUCAGAUGCAGCGAGAGCUUUUACUGGCUGCUGGGAAGGAGCUGGUAUGGCAUGGACGCACCCAGAACGAGCCAGCGCACUACUGCAGUAUUUGCGAGGUGGAGGUGUACGACCUGCUCUUUGUGACCAGCGAGAGCAACACCAGGAAGACCUAUGUGGUGCAUUGCCAGGACUGCGCCCGUAGGGGGAGCCCUAACCUGGACAACUUUGUGGUGCUUGAGCAGUACAAAAUUGAUGACCUCAUGCAGGUCUACGACCACUUCACUCUGGCGAGCCCCUUGCCUUCCUCGUCUUGAUGAUGUUUGUAAGGACUUUUUUUUUUAACCACAGUGGAGUCCAGAUUUUUGUUCCUUCUUUGGACAUUUAGGAAGUAAGCCGUCAGUCCUCUUAACCGUAGCGAACCCGCCACCCUAAAGGCAGCUAGCUGUGCGUAAGCUGCCCGUCUAUGCAACUUUGCCAGGCCCCCUGGUGGACUGGAGGGGGAAGGCAUCAUCUUCUGACUGUUCUACUGCCGGCCGGCCCAGCUGGACUUGCCAACACGCCGCAUUCAAAGAUGGAAUAAAAGCUUUGUACAUAUUAUGGUUUAAAAUCAUCACAUGACUACUGACUACUUUUUGUUGUCUAUUCUUCUUUCUUCUUUUGCCAUCACCCACUAGGUAUUUUUGUAUUGUUAGACAGAAAAACAAGAAAUGUUUUUUGUAAUGUGAACAUUUGAGUGAUGCAGUCUUUGCAACAUUUCCCUGCAACAGUUUUUUUUUUUUUAUUUGAAUGUGCUGGAACAAUGUCGAUGACAUGAAAUUUUUGUAGACAAAAGGCCACAAGUCAAAAGGGUUGCACAUAGUUAAUUAGUGUUUUUUAUUAUUAUUUUGAUGUAAAUUUACACUAUUUAUAAAUGCAUAUUUAUUGCUUGGAAGUAUUUGUUAAUGAAAUGCUGUCCCCUCCCACCUUAUUUUGUUUUUUUCUUUCCCAGAAUACCUGCCAUUAAAUUUGUAGGAGCCUUGUGAUUUUUGAGCAAAGCCCCUCCGUAUGUUUUGUAUAGAAAUAAAUAAGUGCUUACUAAGCAUUGUGCAGAGACCUGAUCGUAUAUUGGGUUUAUUGUCUUGAAGGAUGUUUUAUGCGUCAAUAAAUGAAUUGUCUCUAUUUAUA